AAACUUUUAUUCCCUGUCUGUGUGCAGAGGGGAUUCAACUUCAAUUUUUCUGCAGCGGCUCUGGGUCCAGCCCCUUACUUAAAGAUCUGGAAAGCAUGAAGACUGGGCUUUUUUUCCUAUGUCUCUUGGGAACUGCAGCUGCAAUCCCGACAAAUGGAAGAUUAUUAUCUGAUCAUUCAAAACCAACUGCUGAAACGGUAGCACCCGACGACACUGCAAUCCCCAGUUUAAGGGCUGAAGACGAAGAAAAUGAAAAAGAAACAGCAGUAUCCACAGAAGACGAUUCCCAACGUAAGGCUGAAAAAUCAUCAGUACUAAAGUCAAAAGAGGAAAGCCAUGAACAGUCAGCAGAACAGGGCAAGAGUUCUAGCCAAGAGCUGGGAUUGAAGGAUCAAGAGGACAGUGAUGGUGACUUAAGUGUGAAUUUGGAGUAUGCACCAACUGAAGGUACAUUGGACAUAAAAGAAGAUAUGAGUGAGCCUCAGGAGAAAAAACUCUCAGAGAACACUGAUUUUUUGGCUCCUGGUGUUAGUUCCUUCACAGAUUCUAACCAACAAGAAAGUAUCACAAAGAGAGAGGAAAACCAAGAACAACCUAGAAAUUAUUCACAUCAUCAGUUGAACAGGAGCAGUAAACAUAGCCAAGGCCUAAGGGAUCAAGGAAACCAAGAGCAGGAUCCAAAUAUUUCCAAUGGAGAAGAGGAAGAAGAAAAAGGGCCAGGUGAAGUUGGUACCCACAAUGAUAACCAAGAAAGAAAGACAGAAUUGCCCAGGGAGCAUGCUAACAGCAAGCAGGAGGAAGACAAUACCCAAUCUGAUGAUAUUUUGGAAGAGUCUGAUCAACCAACUCAAGUAAGCAAGAUGCAGGAGGAUGAAUUUGAUCAGGGUAACCAAGAACAAGAAGAUAACUCCAAUGCAGAAAUGGAAGAGGAAAAUGCAUCGAACGUCAAUAAGCACAUUCAAGAAACUGAAUGGCAGAGUCAAGAGGGUAAAACUGGCCUGGAAGCUAUCAGCAACCACAAAGAGACAGAUGAAAAGACUGUUUCUGAGGCUCUGCUCAUGGAACCUACUGAUGAUGGUAAUAUCACGCCCAGAAAUCAUGGAGUUGAUGAUGAUGGCAAUGAUGAUGGCGAUGAUGGCGGCACUGAUGGCCCCAGGCACAGUGCAAGUGAUGACUACUUCAUCCCAAGCCAGGCCUUUCUGGAGGCCGAGAGAGCUCAAUCCAUUGCCUAUCACCUCAAAAUUGAGGAGCAAAGAGAAAAAGUACAUGAAAAUGAAAAUAUAGGUACCAGUGAGCCUGGAGAGCACCAAGAGGCCAAGAAAGCAGAGAACUCAUCAAAUGAGGAGGAAACGUCAAGUGAAGGCAACAUGAGGGUGCAUGGUGUGGAUUCUUGCAUGAGCUUCCAGUGUAAAAGAGGCCACAUCUGUAAGGCAGACCAACAGGGAAAACCUCACUGUGUCUGCCAGGAUCCAGUGACUUGUCCUCCAACAAAACCCCUUGAUCAAGUUUGUGGCACUGACAAUCAGACCUAUGCUAGCUCCUGUCAUCUAUUCGCUACUAAAUGCAGAUUGGAGGGGACCAAAAAGGGGCAUCAACUCCAGCUGGAUUAUUUUGGAGCCUGCAAAUCUAUUCCUACUUGUACGGACUUUGAAGUGAUUCAGUUUCCUCUACGGAUGAGAGACUGGCUCAAGAAUAUCCUCAUGCAGCUUUAUGAAGCCAACUCUGAACACGCUGGUUAUCUAAAUGAGAAGCAGAGAAAUAAAGUCAAGAAAAUUUACCUGGAUGAAAAGAGGCUCUUGGCUGGGGACCAUCCCAUUGACCUUCUCUUAAGGGACUUUAAGAAAAACUACCACAUGUAUGUGUAUCCUGUGCACUGGCAGUUUAGUGAACUUGACCAACACCCUAUGGAUAGAGUCUUGACACAUUCUGAACUUGCUCCUCUGCGAGCAUCUCUGGUGCCCAUGGAACACUGCAUAACCCGUUUCUUUGAGGAGUGUGACCCCAACAAGGAUAAGCACAUCACCCUGAAGGAGUGGGGCCACUGCUUUGGAAUUAAAGAAGAGGACAUAGAUGAAAAUCUCUUGUUUUGAAUGAAGAUUUUAAAGAACUCAACUUUCCAGCAUCCUCCUCUGUUCUAACCACUUCAGAAAUUUAUGCAGCUGUGAUACUUGUAGACUUAUAUUUAGCAAAAUGUUAGCAUGUAUGACAAGACAAUGAGAGUAAUUGCUUGACAAUAACCUAUGCACCAGGUAUUUAACAUUAACUUUGGAAACAAAAAUGUACAAUUUAGUAAAGUCAACAUAUGCAAAAUACUGUAUAUUGUGAACAGAAGUUUAAUUCAUAGUAAUUUCACUCUCUGCAUUGACUUAUGAGAUAAUUAAUGAUUAAACUAUUAAUGAUAAAAAUAAUGCAUUUGUAUUGUUCAUAAUAUCAUGUGCACUUCAAGAAAAUGGAAUGCUACUCUUUUGUGGUUUACGUGUAUUAUUUUCAAUAUCUUAAUACCCUAAUAAAGAGUCCAUAAAAAUCCAAA